AUGGAUAAGGGUAAGCCAAAUAGUAAAGGUAAUCCAAGAGCUGGCAGUUGGAAGAAACCUAGUGGGGGAGACUCUAGUGCUCCGGUCAGAUGCUUUAAGUGCGGUGAACUUGGACAUCGUAUCCAUGAAUGCAAGAGUGAGGAGAAGAAAUGCUACUGGUGUGGUAAGGCGGGUCAUGUUGUUACUGAUUGUAAAGGAAAGACUGUGACUUGCUUUAAUUGCAGAGAAGAAGGUCAUAUUAGUCCACAGUGUCCUAAGCCAAAGAAGAUUCAAGCUAGUGGUAAAGUGUUCGCCUUAUUUGGUUCCGAGACUACUCCCGAGGAUUGA